AUGGAGAAAGUCCUUGUCCUUCUGCUGGUCACCCUUGCAGUGGCCUACGCAGUUCCCGACCCCCGGGGAACCAUUAUCAACUUGGAGGCAGGCGAGCUCUGCUUGAACAGCGCCCAGUGCAAGAGUGAAUGCUGCCAGCGGACAAGUGGAACGAGCCUGGCCCGCUGUGCAGCCAGGGCCAGCGAGAACAGCGAGUGCUCUGCCUGGUCGCUCUAUGGGGUUUACUACAAGUGUCCCUGCGAGCGGGGCCUGACCUGUGAGGGGGACAGCACCAUCGUGGGCUCCAUCACCAAUACCAACUUUGGUACCUGCCUCGAUGUUUGACGCUCCAAGGAGUGA